AUACCAACUCGAAGAGGAUAGAAGCAAGACAUUUGUCGGAAAACUAGCUCAAAUUUGAAAAGUGGGGCCCUGACUUUACCAAUGGAAAACGCCAAAUCUGAUCCAAAAAUAACGAAAAUCUUCCACCAAGCCUUCCAGAAUCCCAAUUGGCUGUCGUGACAGAGCCGUGGAAUGUCAGCGACAGACGCGAACGGACUGCCCGUCAAAUCCAGAAGGAAAAAACUCGAAGUGCCUGUCCAUGACAAUGGGCACAGGAGGACUUUCUCCGCCAACUUCAACGCCGCCAGUUUCCCUGAAAAAUCCGCCCACACGGAGAUAAUCGUCGAAAUACCAGACGCUGAUAGAGGAUCGAGGACUGGCAAGAGGCAACUACGUAAAGAGAAUCUCAGGUUGAGCCUAGAGAACCAGGAGGUGCUAGCCAGGUUUCAUGAGCUGGAAGAGCUCUCGGUGAAGAAAAUAGUGAAGCUGCGCGAUAAAGUGACUGCGCUGCAAGCGAUCAACGCCAGCCUCGAAAAGGAAAACUGCGAGGUGAGGCGACACCUGGACGAGCUGUUGGAGCAGCACGAGGAAGCCAACCGGCUGCUGGGGCAGCAGAAGGAGGUCAAUCGGCAGCUGCUGGGGCAGUACGAGGAGGCCAACCGGCUGCUGGAGCUGAGCAAGUGUUGCAAGGGCUGCGAAAGUCUGAAGGAGGAGGUGGAGAUGCGCAGUAAAGAGAACGGUUUGCUGAAGGAGAAGGAUGUCGAGCUGAGUGAGGAUUUGAAGAUGCUAAAAACGGUGGUCUACAGAUUGAAUGUACAGCUCGAGAGGUACCAAGAAAUCCUGCGGAAAAACAGCUUGACAGUACCGAAAUACAGUCAGUCUGAUGUGACACUCGACAGAGACGUUUCGGACACAUCGUUGGUCAACAUCAGCAGAGAAAUCCUAUCGGAGGUCCACAGGACCCACAAACACACCCCAUUGACGUGGGGUAGCGCCAACAGGCAUGCUCUAGGGCCGCUAUUAGACGCUUACGAGGACACUGUCAAAGAGAAGGAGGAGAUUAUCCAGAAUUAUGACAGCGAGAUGAUCAAGUUCACUGGCAGAUUGAAGGAGAUAAUCAGCGAGAACGAGUGCUUGCACCGGAAGUUGACUGAGGACGAAGGGUGCAGCUCAAAGUUGAAGGUGGAAGUUGAAAAUCUGAGGGCAGAGUUGAAGGCUACAAAAGACCAAAAUGAUGUUCUCAUCAAAAAAUGCUCGAUCAAACAGGAUCGGGUCGAAGAGGUUCUAAAAGUGUACGAGGCCAAAGUCGAACAAAUGAAGAGGGACUUCGAGGUGCUCCAUAGAGAAUUCAUGAGAUGCAGAACUGAGAACGCAGCCAUUAAGGAGAAAAACAAAUCGCUAACAGAUGCCCAAGAAGAGUUCCGGACUCAGAUACAUAAUUUCAUCCCUCUCUCAUUGCACAACUCCAGCGUGAACGAAUGCAAGAAAUGGUAUGAAGAACUGAAAGUUCAAUAUGAGAACGAGAAGGCAAAGUUGUUGAAGAACAUCGAAUCGCAUUCGAAAUUGAUCGAAGAACUGAACAAGGAUAUAGUUUUACACAAGGGUGCCAGAGAUACUUUGGAGCUGAAGACCGUGCAAAUGGAGGAGCAUAUAAAGAAACUAGAAUCGAAGAUAGCCGAGCUGGAUCGCGCUUUGACCGACGUGCAGACCUCACGUGGUGCGUUGAAGAAGCAGCUCCACAAAGCGAUGAUUUUUGCAAAGGACAUGGUGGCCGAGCAGGAAACUCUGCUGAAGGCCGUCAACCAGCGGCAGCUCGAGACCAAAGCUGUGAAAAAAAUCGGCUGCGACAUGGCAGCGAAGAUGGACUUUCUCAAGAAUCAGCUGAAGGAUGUACAAAAAAGUGCCUGGCAUGAGUUCACGACAGUGGAGCAGACCAUUCAAGAACAGGCGGACACUAUUGAAACUUUGCAAGAAGAUCACGUGAGACAAGUUGAAAAUUUGAAGAAAGUGAUCAAAGAACACGAAGAAACUAUAGCGAUAUUGAAGAAGGAUCAACAAAUGUCACAUUAUUUGUUAUUCAAAGAUAAAAAAUAAAUGAAUUCGAA